UCUCUCUCUCUCUCUCUCUCUCUCUCUCUCUCUCUCUCUCUCUUUAAGUUUUCCCAUCUAACAUUUAUAUUUUAUUUCAAUUAAAAUAGUUUUAGUUUAGUUUAGUUAACCGUAACAACACUGGUAAAAAGGGAAUAAAAUUAUUUCCUUGUCUUCGGUCCAUGCUUCCAUUUUUUGAUGUACAAAAUGUGAGAGACGGCUAAAUACAGUUUCUAGUAAUAGAAAUCUUCAUAUUUCUAACACAAUGACUUGAACAUCAUUUUAACAGAUUAAGUAUAAAUGAUGACACUGCUAGAAUUGUUGAACACAGUCAAUAAGUCCAAGACCUCUGGGGCGAGACAGACCAAAAUCAAUAUUUAAGGUAUGUGAUGGAAAAAAUCAUAUCUUACCAUGCUAAGUUACUUUUAUAUUAGAUAAAAGCUUACAUUACUUAUCUAAUAACUAUACCUUUAGAACACAGGAUUUGUGCCUUUAUUGUUUUACAAAAAAGUGAUAAGCUCCAAGUUUGUACCCCAUCUGUGGAAACUACAACACAGCCUUCUGAAUCCUUAUUAGGUCAAUGUUUUUAUAACUAAACUGACCUGAUUGACCCUUCCCUUUCAAAACAUGUGCGUCACAAUGUAAAUGACUUCCACAGAACUAAGAAGUGAACUUUGAAACAUGGAAAACAGAGUUUAUUGUGUGUUUAAACAGUUUAAAGACAAAAUAAAGAGUGGCUUACUGGGAAGGAGGAUCGCAGAAUGGGCUGAAACAUUUGAAGAAUGGCAGUGAGCACUGAGACACCAUAUGGUAAGUUAAUGGACACUUCAGAUUCUGCAUAUUUGAACUCACUCAGUCUGUUACAUGACUUUUGAUAAGGUAGGUGGGGUUAAAAAUAAAGCCUUAUGACAGAUUUCAUUCAUAUUAACCUGUUUGGUCUGCUUAUUGUGAGCAUCUGAAUGUACCUUACCUUUGAUUUGGCUGUCUUGUCUGGGUCUUGGUUAGUCGAUCCAGAGGGUGGUUCUCUGAUGGGACUUGUGUUGCUGGGUCGAAGACAUGCUGGUAAGAGCUCAGUGGGAGACCUUAUCCUUGGACGCAGUGAGUUUAAGCCUGGGAAGAAGACGACUCGGUGUGUGAGGAGAUUCGGCUGGGUGGACGGAGUGAGGCUUGCUGUAGUGGACACUCCAGGAUGGAGUCUCUUCGGUAUGGCUGACGCCAAACUGGUGAAACAGGAGAUCCUGCGCAGUGUGAUGUUGGCCCCUACUGGAUAUCACAUAUUUCUCCUCGUUAUCCCAGUGGACUCUUUCAGCAAGCGGGACGGACACGCUAUGGAGAAAUAUCUGGGUAUUCUUGGGGACAUGGUGUGGUCACGCACUCUGGUGCUCUUCACGUGGGGCGAUGAGUUAAGAGGCAGCACUAUUGAAAAACACAUUCAAAAGAACGGUGAACCUUUGCAGGAGAUCCUGAGGAAGUGUGGACACAGGUACCAUGUUGUGAACAAUAAAUGUCUAGAAGACUUUAAUCAGGUCACUGAGCUGCUUAACAUUUUAAAGCAAAUGUGUGCCAGGACUGGUUGAACCUAGAAUGGACCUGUGUUUAGGCCUAUGGUAUGUAAUAUUUGUUGUUUAUUUUUAAACUUUUCAUUCUUUAUGCUUCCAUUUCAUAUAGAUAUGUCUGAUGCUAAAAAGUUGUUACCAGUGACAUUUAGAUGAAUGUAAUAUUUGUAAAAGUGCAAUUUUUUAUUUUGCGCAGACCAAUAUGGCAGUUAUUUAUUAGACAUUUUUAACCUUGAAAUAACAGUUUCAAAAUCAUUCUGAUGGUUAACUGACUUAUAAAGCGAGUGGCUUAUGUUGUGGUUCUAAGUAGCUGCUUACAUUAAAUUUAGUUGGUUUUGUGUGGAA